UUUUUUUCAGUAAUAACAAAUUGGCUCUGCCAAACAAAUAAAGAGGGCCUGAAUUCGAUUUUUAAGAAUAGUUAGAACCUUUGAAGCCCGUAAAUCAAUGGCGGAUUUACCUAUAGUUCGAUUUGAGGAGAAAAUCAUAGAAACAGUGGAGAAAAACCCUGUAGUGGUAGUUAUUGGUGAGACCGGUUCUGGUAAAAGUACACAACUUUCACAAAUGCUUUAUAAAAGAGGGUAUGCUAAAUCUGGAAUGAUCGCUGUUACUCAGCCUCGCCGCGUUGCUGCAGUUUCUGUUUCUAGACGAGUUGCACAGGAGCAAAAUGUUCGACUUGGAGAGGAAGUCGGUUAUGCCAUAAGAUUUGAAGAUAGAACUUCGGAGAAAACACAUAUCAAAUAUCUUACUGAUGGAGUGCUCCUCCGCGAGAGUCUUUUUAAUCCGGAGCUGAAUCAGUAUUCUGUCAUCAUAUUGGAUGAAGCACAUGAGAGGAGUUUGAACACGGAUAUAUUGCUUGGUUUAAUGAAAAGAUUAAUUAAACGGCGUCACUCAAACUUGAAAGUUUUGAUCACAUCAGCAACUCUUGAUGGUGGAAAGGUAUCUAGGUUCUUCUCCGACUGUCCCGUCCUUACCGUACCAGGCGAGUUAUUUCCUGUGGAAAUAGUACACAUCUCAGAGCGCCCUAAAAACUAUGUGGAGGCUUCUCUAAAAACAGCUAUUGAUAUUCACGUACGGGAGCCAGAAGGGGACAUUUUAAUAUUUUUGACAGGGCAGGAUGACAUAGAGAAAUUGGUAUUGAAGUUGGAGGAGAAAAUUCAAAACUUAGAAGAAGGUUCUUGUCUGGAUGCCUUAAUUCUUCCUCUUCAUGGAUCCUUGCCACCUGACAUGCAGGUGCGUGUUUUCAGUCCUCCACCUCCACAUUGUAGGCGAUUUAUUGUUUCUACAAAUAUUGCUGAAACUUCUUUGACUGUUGACGGUGUUGUGUAUGUCAUUGACUCGGGGUAUGUGAAGCAACGGCAAUAUAACCCAUCAACUGGCAUGUACUCUUUGGAGGUUGUGCAGAUUAGCAAGGUGCAGGCAAAGCAGCGUGCAGGACGCGCUGGAAGAACUCGUCCUGGAAAGUGUUAUCGUUUAUAUCCCUCUAUGGUUUACCAUGACGAUUUUUUGGAUGCCACCGUUCCUGAAAUACAAAGGUCUUCACUGGCUGAAACUGUACUUUAUUUGAAGUCCUUAGAUCUCGCUGAUAUGGAUAUUCUCAAAUUUGAUUUUCUCGACUCUCCUUCCAUGGAGUCUUUAGAGGAUGCCUUGAAGCAAUUAUAUUUAGUCGAUGCAAUUGAUGAAAAUGGUUCAAUCACAAGCCUUGGACGAAAGAUGGCUGAGCUUCCACUGGAACCUUCUCUUUCCAGGACCUUACUAGAGGCAAAUGAGUUGGAUUGUUUGUCCCAAGCACUGACUGUUGUUUCCAUGUUGUCUGCUGAGACCACGCUGCUUCCUGCCCCAAGUAAGAGCUCUGAGAAGAAGAGGAAGCACACUCCUUCGAACCUUCCUGAUGGUUCUGGCUUGGGUGAUCACAUCCAGCUACUCCAAAUUUAUGAGCAAUGGUAUCAGACCGACUACAACGUAGACUGGUGUAAAGAGAACAACUUACAGGUCCGCGGGAUGCUGUUCGUGAGAGAUGUCAGGAAACAAUUAUCUCAAAUAAUGCAUAAAAUUGCUAAAGGCUCAUUAGAUGUCCAAACAAGCAAAAGACGGAGAGACAGCCAACAGGAGUAUAGAAUAUUGAGGAAAGCAUUGUUCAUUGGCUACGCAAAUCAGCUUGCUGAACGGAGCAUUCGGCAUAACGGGUAUCGGCCUCUUGGUUUCAAGUCUGAACUCGUACAGGUCCAUCCAUCUUCUGUGCUAAAACCAGAUGAGGAUGGGAUGCUUCCAAACUAUGUCGUCUAUCAUGAAUUAAUAGUUACUUCACGCCCAUUUAUGCGUAAUGUAUGUGCAGUUGAGAUGCGAUGGGUUGCACCAGUCUUAGCGAAGCUUGAGAAACUGAAUGUCUUUAAACUGAGUGGGGGAUCUAGUCAGCCUGAUGAGCAAAUUCAAGAAGUAACUUUAAAUGUGGAAAAGAAAGAAAUUGCUACUAUUCAGUCGCCCGAAGGCCGUGACAGCAGGAUACAAGCUGCUCGGGAAAGAUUUCUAGCUCGGAAAGGUCAGAAGUAGCAUUACAAUGGUUGUUCAACAGAUUGAUUGAUCAGUUAUGUGCAUGGACUAUCUUUGCCAGAAAAUUGUUUGCUGCUCGGCUGGAAUGGUACAGUGUAACCCUUAAGCUUCAUGAUGGAGGGUGAAUUCACCCUAAGCUUCAUAUGCGGAAGGUGCAAUUUUCCCACUUGACUUGUCGUAAGAAUGGUCAUAUGGAUUAUAUACCUUUCUCGGCCUUUUUACUAAGAUCUAGUGUAGUAUCUGUUUAAUAUCUGAUACAGGAGCCUCUGUCCACAUGAUAUUUGCAAGACUGCUCAGAAAGAUUCUUGAUCUCAAACUUCUACAAGAGGGAGCAGCUGUUGAAUGUUUUCAAGGUGGCAGGGCCCUCUAAGAAACAAUCAAAUUGGUGAGGAACAAGCAAGUUAUAGCAACCUGCGUAUUGUGGCGUGGUGCGGUUGAGUGAGUCUUGAUGGACAGAUAUACGAUGAAAGACUCCUCAUCAACCAUCAGGAAUGGCAAAAUUCAUUAUGCCUAUGGACUAUAUUUGCCAACUGCAACGUCAGGUGUAUGUCACAGUUGUACAUUUUCGAAAUUCUUAAUUGACCCUUAAUUCAGAAUCUGGUUCUAUUUUUUUAUGGCCGAGAAAUCUUCGUUGGUUAGCUGGCGUGCGGUUUGAGAUGGUGCAUAAUAACCUAGUCUUUUUGCUCUUUUCCACUUAAAUGUCAAAUUUUAGUUCGAGGUUGUGUUUGAAUCGUGAUGUGUAUUUUAACUUACAUAGCACAUGCGAUGUUUUUACCACUCAACUAAAUCCCUAAGAGCCAGAAGCUAAUCUAUUUGAGCCAAAUUAUUCUUUU